AUGGAUGGAACGACGAAGACUUUGCUGGCGGACUCUGCUACUACAGCCUCGGAGCUCUGCCACGCUCUGGCCGACAAGAUCUGCCUCCGGGACCGCUUCGGCUUCUCCCUCUACAUCGCCCUCUUCGAUAAGGUGUCGUCUCUGGGCAGUGGCUCGGACCACGUGAUGGACGCUGUGUCUCAGUGUGAGCAGUACGCUAAAGAGCAGGGGGCUCAGGAGAGAAACGCCCCCUGGAGGCUCUUCUUCAGGAAGGAGAUCUUCACGCCCUGGCACUUUCCUGGGGACGACCAGGUGGCCACCAACCUCAUCUACCAGCAGGUGGUGCGCGGGGUCAAGUUUGGAGAGUACCGCUGUGAGAAGGUGAGGCAACAUUAA